CCCUUGGCGUUUACUUCCAUACCACAUUAUCUGUCCCCUUUUUGCGAUAGGAGAAUUUGACUUAACCCCUUCAUUUACCCUGAGUAGCCGGGCUUCAUGUUCUCUUCUGUUAUCGAAUCGGAUAAAUUGACCCCUUACUGAAACAUUCUCGAGAGACCAGCAUUCCGGACACGAAGCUUCUUGUUGAGCAGAUGUGAUCAAAUUCUUCGUAGCGGUUGGCAACAGCUUCUCAGAGUUUAUAUACCCUCCGGGUGCCAUUUCUUGGUUCCUUUGGCAAUGAAGGCUUGGAGCUCGAUAUCACAAUGGCUUCAGUAUUUAUUUUGCAGAUCAUUUUACUCGCUGCCAUUACCAACUUGACGCCCCUAUGCAGCGCGUCCCUCGCACAGCGAGGUUUCUGCGCCACGCCAGCGCCCGAUGAGGCACUAAAGGCAGAGCAUAGGAGAUUCGGUAUGAUAGAGUCUCAGCCUGAUACCGUUGGCGAAGAUAAUCGGCAAGCCCUACGUUCGAUUGAGAUUGAAACUUGGUUCCACAUUGUAAGCAGCGAGGCAGCGGCCAAUUCAGUCUCAGACGAGAUGAUCACUAGCCAGUUUUCCUAUAUUCAGAAAGCGUAUGAAAGCGCAACUAUUACGUACCGACUACAGGGUGUCACUCGCCAGGUCAGCGAUGUGUGGGCUCGCAAUGACGACGAGCUUGCGAUGAAAAGUGCCCUGCGCAGAGGGAACUACAGUACUCUCAACGUCUACUUUCAAACCGACCUCCAGGCAUCUUCCAAUGAUGGUUCCAGGGCUUCUUUUGGCUCCAAGAAUCGCGGGACAGACGUCUCAGACGAGAGUUCUAAUGUGCUUGGUUUCUGCACCUUACCUGAUUCAAGUGUUAACGGUAGCAGUCCACGCUCUAGCUAUAUAAAAGACGGUUGUAACGUGCUAGCACAGACAAUGCCUGGUGGUAGUCUUGCUCAUUAUAACCAAGGUGGUACUGCGGUUCAUGAGAUUGGCCAUUGGAAUGGACUUCUUCACACGUUCGAGGGGGAGUCAUGCUCUGCAGACAACGAAGGUGAUUUCAUCGAUGAUACACCGGAACAAUCUCAGCCUACGAACGGUUGUCCUAUUGGAAAGGAUUCAUGUCCCGACCUCCCUGGUCUUGAUGCAAUACACAACUUCAUGGACUAUUCUUCUGAUGAUUGCUAUGAAAGCUUUACAUCUGAUCAAGAGAGAAGGAUGCGAAACAUGUGGUCCGCCAUGAGGCAAGGAAAAUGAUUAGCUCCCAAUCCCCUUGCGUUCUCUGCACAUAUACGCCAGUAUUAGUUGUUGGGUGGAUACAUUAAGGAUACCUUAGCAUAUGAACAGGGUCAUUUAUUUGUCUUAUUUGCGCCUCAAAUG